AUGCACUCGACAGCGGCUCUAGUGUGUAUGGCAGCACGACUGUCCCUGCUCCGUGCGCCUUUGACUGCCCUACUUUGCUUACUUGUUGAGGCGGUGGUAACUGCGCUGUUGCCCGUUGUACUCAUGCUGCCGCCUCGACUUGGAGGCGGCUUCCAACUGGAGAUGAAGGAGCGGCGGCCAGACUCCCGGUCAUGGCGGCUGGGCGGUACACAGCACCUAUUGCUGCCACGUUGGUUGGCCGUGUUGGUGUUCGGCGUGUUGGUCGUCAGCAUCGUUGCCAACGUCAUGACAUACGCUCGCAGCCGGAUGGAUUCGCCGGACCCCAAGCGACAACGCCUAGAGCCUACAUCGUCCUACAAUCUGCGAUGUCGCACCCUGGUGACCAGCAGUAGUAUCGACCCACCGGACGCCAAGCGUCAGAGGCUGGACACGGCUGCGUCCCAGAGCAGCACGUCGACGGUCGGCCCUCCCGCCGUCGCCACGGAUUCAAGGAGCGUCACGUUUCAUGUGACGUUUACGGCCGGCCCCACAGAAACGAAUGAGGACCGCCUCUUUGCCGGCGCCCAGAGCCGCUACGGCAGCUUCAUCGCUGGCGUGAAUACCGCCGGCCAGGGGAUAGUAAUUAUGCAGAUUGACGAUGUCAUCCUCGGCAGGCUGGAGAGCAGCCACGCGUUCGGCCACCGCGUGACGUUCGCCAAUGUGGAUGCAGCUUCCCUGCCGCCUUUCAUAACUUCUCGUUUCGCUGGGGUGACGGUGGGGCAGUUUAAAGUCUCCUCAGCGACGCGGAUUUCCGUGGAGCCCUCCUCCGCUGUCCCAAUGCUCUACAGCGCCAGGCUUCGGUUCCCCGUUUACGAUGUCGGCAGCGACAGGGCCCGCCCCGAAGACAAGCACGCGUCGGAUGGCAGCGCCCUCCUGCUCAUCCCACACGGCGGGAUGUUCCGGGGCGGGCCGUUCCGCAAGUUUAAGGCGUGGGUCGCGUGCGGCAACGGUGACAGUCCCGACGCCGGACGCGUGGAGCUCGCCAUCAGGGAAUCCGCUCCCGACGACUUCGUCGCUCAGCUACAAGCAGCGGCCGAUAGCAGCACGCCCCUUUACGUGUAUGGUGCCAAGAUCAGCCCCUCCAAUAGCAAAGCUUAUAUGAAUAGCGUCUUCCUCAGCGGCUCGCUUGUAGCAGCAGCGAGUGCCCCCGGCAAGCGCCCUCCCAAACGAGUGCACACCUUCCAGGCGGCUGUUCAGCGGACUACCGCGGCCACCGUGCCCGCCGACACGACUGAUAUGGUAUUGGCUUGGGAGCAGCGUAGCCGCAGUGCCCUUGUUUUACCGUCGGAUGGUCCACACGCCUCGGCCACCCUGUCACCCAACCCCACUUCUGUCACUGUAGUCGGCUCACUACCGGUCCUCCCGCUCGUCCUCACAAUCGGCAGCCGCAGUUAUCCGGUGUGCACCGACAGCAUUGCCGUCAUGCAACAGUUGCCGAACUACGACGAGUUCUUCGGCAGCACCAGCUUCGCAGACGAUAAUGAUCGUAUGGCGUACGCUGCUUACGACUCGUUCACCGUCACCGGUACCAUCACCACCAAGACAGAAGGGCUGGGUGCAUUCCGUGCACUUGUGGGUUCGACUCCCACACAAGUUGGCGGCGUCCCUCGCAUCUACACUGGUUUGCAUGUGUUGAAGCUGCUGCUCCGGCAAGCCUUCGUGCUGUUCUCUUCGCUGUCCUCCGUUAGGCGCGGUCUCCAUAGUCACGCAUGCACGAAGUACACUGGCAAGAGCAUCAACGACAGCCAGGCGCAGCUGACAUGCAACGCUCUUACCCGAGUGCAGGAUUUUCUGCUAGCUGGAAGGAUGCCGAAUCCGGGUGCCAGUGGGCCCACUGCGUUUGGCAACAUGUGUGCCACCGUGCAUCGCAUGACCGCUUCCAUUACGGCUGGUAUGGCGCUUGUCGCCAUGAAGCUGGACGGUCAUUCCACCUUCGAGGCGACGUUCGAGUGCGCAUACCUGCAGGUAGACGCGUUCACAGCGCUAUCUGCGGGCGCUGAGCAAUCUCCUGAGGCGGCGACCACAGCGGCGGUACUGGUGGAGGCUGAGGAGCAGGAGGGCUACACAGUGACCAACGCCGUGCAGAGCUACAUGCUGCGCGGGGAAGAACUCAGCGGCCUGGAUUGCAGCGUGUACAACAUCUCCUCCAACUAUGAGGUCCGACGUGUGCCGCCAGCUCAGCACCCGCACCGAGAGCGAUUGGGCCUACAGAUCCCGGUGGCAGUUCGACGCCCCCCGGCCCCUCCCCCUGAGCCACCUGCUCCUACAGCUGCAGCGACACUCGACCAGCCAACGUCUCAGACAGCCACGGAGCUGCCCCGCCUGGUGGCCUUCCACGGCACGCAUCCGCUCUACAGAACACAUGUCCACGUCCGCCUGCCGCGGCCGCGUUACGUACAGCUUGGAGGCUCUCUUCCCCGCCGGCCCCGCCCUGGCACCUCUGCUGCGGGCAUGGCGCAGUACUACGCGUUUGUCCUGGGUACUUUCAAGGCUCACCGGGGUCAGCCCAUCCCCACCGGGCUGACUGUAAAGGAAGCCUACGACGCCUGGUGGGCAGAGCUGGGCACUACCGAGGCAGGUCGCUCGUACCAGGUGUAUGUAUCGGUGCUGCUGGACAACAUCGAAGAGAACCACGCUGGGAAAGCCCGCCGUCAGGCGGAGUACAACCAACGGCGCCGCCAGCAGCGUGCAGCAGCGGCAGCAGCCGCGCUGCCUGAAGGUGACAGCACGAGCGCUUCGGAUGGAGAUGCCCAUGACGGCAUCCGCGGGCAUCUCAGGCCUGAUCCUGAAACACAGCCGCCUGCCGAGGACCAGCUGGAGCACUUCGUGUACAUCCCAGGUCAGGAGUAUCCGACGGCUGGCACCGACCUCGCCGCCGUCGCUCUUACGGACCUGUUUGACUGCACCAACGCUGCUGGCAUGUAUGCCUAUGAUGCAGCACGACGCUGCCGAGCCCCGACCUUAGCGGACGGCCAUGGUGCAGGCAGCGAUCGUUUCAGCCGUCGGAUCACACCAGCGGACCUGCCCCUCCUGACUGAAGCAACAAAGCGUCUGAAGCGGUAUCUCGUUGCAGCAGCAGCCGGCACUGUUGAGGCAGAUGGGGGCGCCCACGCGGGACUGACGGCCACACCUGAGAUGGAUACCCCUCAUGUCGAGCUGCACCGCCCCACCAGCGGACCCCUGGUCGCCAUCGUGUGCAUGCCUGGCACUCCUGAGCGGACUGAACAGGUUCGCAUGCCCAUCUAUGUGCACCUCCCCCAGCCACCCAGCAUCGACGACACCAUCGAGCUGUUCACACUUGCCCCCCACCAGGCCGUGCCCUUCAUGCUCAUGGCUCGGUACUUCGAUCGCCAUGAUGAGCCCAACCCUGGCGACCCACUGCAGAUGCUUGUGGAGGGCAAGCCCGGUACCGGAAAGAGCCAGUUCGUACAAGCGCUCCUGUGGUACACCUUCCAGCAUGGCUGCCCGCACUGGGCGGCCACCUGCGCCUACUCAUGGGCUGCUGCAACUGCCUUCAGCACGCCGGUACAUCGCAGCCUCUCUACCCACGCCAUGUUCGCCCUAUCUGCUGGCAGCAACCGAGCGGACAGCGUCAGGAAAGGCAGCGCAGCCAGCCUACAGGUGCAUCGUAAUGUCGGCGAUGCUGCCGAUGCCGGGGCGAGCCACAACAACGAGGUGGAAGCCUGCAGCCUGCUUGAGGAUGGCCGCGAGCCAGCAGAUGACGGCCGUGGCCCCUACCGCAGGCUCAAGUACCUUCCAGCGGCCGUCAUUGUGCGGCCUAUAAGCGGCCACAUCCCCGGCACCGUGCUGCAGGGCCUUGGAGACUACGCCAGCAGGGGUGGUGCCUUCAUCCUGUCACCCCGGGCGUCUUGCAUUGCCGAGGUGGAGAUGCCUGCCGCCGGGUAUGGCACCAUCACAAAGCAGAUCCGGCGCCUCAACGUGCCGCUCGGCGACCGCCAGGCGGUCACCGAUUACUUCGUGCAAGGCCGCAGCUUCAAAGACGAGUGCUGGCUGGUGGAUCUCGCUGUCCCACCCAACGGCAUCAAGCGCGCCACCCUGUAUGUGCUGCUGACCCGCUUCAAGACGCUGGACCACGUCCGUCUGCUCCGGCCGCUCUACACUACACCGCAUGAGCGCAAGAGGAUAAUCAAGCAGUUCCUCAGUGCGACUAACCUUGAGCCGGACCUGGCCGCCAACCUGCGCCUGCUGAAGCAGGCAGCGCGCGAGACGGAGCAGCGCUAUACAGCCGAUUUCCAGCAUGCGCGACAGCUGGAAGCGCGCUGGACCGGCCCGCUACAAGCAGCGGCCGAUAGCAGCACGCCCCUUUACGUGUAUGGUGCCAAGAUCAGCCCCUCCAAUAGCAAAGCUUAUAUGAAUAGCGUCUUCCUCAGCGGCUCGCUUGUAGCAGCAGCGAGUGCCCCCGGCAAGCGCCCUCCCAAACGAGUGCACACCUUCCAGGCGGCUGUUCAGCGGACUACCGCGGCCACCGUGCCCGCCGACACGACUGAUAUGGUAUUGGCUUGGGAGCAGCGUAGCCGCAGUGCCCUUGUUUUACCGUCGGAUGGUCCACACGCCUCGGCCACCCUGUCACCCAACCCCACUUCUGUCACUGUAGUCGGCUCACUACCGGUCCUCCCGCUCGUCCUCACAAUCGGCAGCCGCAGUUAUCCGGUGUGCACCGACAGCAUUGCCGUCAUGCAACAGUUGCCGAACUACGACGAGUUCUUCGGCAGCACCAGCUUCGCAGACGAUAAUGAUCGUAUGGCGUACGCUGCUUACGACUCGUUCACCGUCACCGGUACCAUCACCACCAAGACAGAAGGUCGAACAACGUUCAUCACGGCUCUGCAGGAAUGA